AUGAAGGGCUUCACACAACUUGCGCUGCUCGCGGCAUCGGCCACGCUGGGCCAGGCUGCUUUCCGAGAGGGCUGUGCCGACGCGCCCUGGGACUCGGAUACUGACUUCUUCCUGACAAAGUUUGAGAAGGGUCCUAGCAAUCCAUUCUUCGCCCAAUACAACAAGACAUACGUGACCAUUAGGAACCGUCAGCACCGAUAUGUCGUUCUGUAUUGCAGCAAGGACCCGCCUCCAACCUCCAUCGUCGGAGAAUCGGCCUUGGUCAUCAAGGCCCCCGUCAAGAAUGUAGCUGCGCUGGAUGGAUUUUCGCAGAAUCUAAUCGAGAUGCUCGGCAUGUCCACAAGCAUCAAGCGCACUGGUGUUUAUUCCGACGUUACCAGCUCAUGUAUUCGCGGCAAUAUGAAGGACAACAUUACCUUUGAUGACGACGAGUGGGACAAGGCCCCGGAAGUCGAUGUUACUUUCUACGGCGACACGGCCAAGCCCGACAGCAAGAAGGUCCUCAUCUACAACGUGGGUAACUACGCGCCACUUGCUCAGCUCGGCUACAUCAAAUUCGUCUCCAUGUUCUUCGGCAUGGAGGAGCUCGGCCAGAAGAUUUACGAUGAGAUUGCCGCCAACUACCGCUGUGCGGCUGCCCAGGUCCAGCAGGCCAUCGAGGACGGCACGUACCCUACGGGCGCCUUCAUCUCCCCCAUCCGCAAGGACGGGGACAAGUUUACCGUUUUCCAGAGCCCUUGGUGGAGCACUAUUCUCUCGGAUGCCGGGUCGGCACUCGUCAACGUCUCGGCCGACGGCGAGGCGUCCGGGAAGGGAAACCCGACCAAGCCAGAACUCGUCACCAUCGACGCCAACAGCCAAGGAAACAACUUCGCAGAGAAGAGCUGGGCCAUCAUUGACACGACCCAGUACGAUCAGCUUCCCGGCAAGUCAGCCCCCAAGACUCUGCCAGAGUCUACCCGUAUCACGGCAGACACCUACACGUCGAGAUCGGGCGCCUCGAGCGCCUCCUACGCAGUCAAGAACAACAACGUCUGGCUCACGGACAAGGCUGCAAACCGCAAUCGCCGUCACAACUUCUUUGACCGCGGCAGCGCGCGCCCGGAUCAGGUCAUCCGUGAUAUUAUUUCAAUUGUGUCGCCGUCAUUCCUGCCGGAAUAUACAAAUAUGUUUAUUCGCAGCGUCUCCAAGCCAGAUGACAUGAUUGCCCUCAGGCGAUUCACCCACACUUGUGCCCAGAAGGGCAAGGAGCUGGAGACUUUGAACUUGACCAAGUGCGACGCCCCGGCCUGGCUCACUGGGUACCAUGACUCUGGCCUGAAGCCAAACGCAUAUCGCUCUGUUGACCAGGCUGAUUCUCUUGCUCUCCGCGCUAGCAGCAGCGGACUCAGCGGCGGCCAGAAGGCCGGCAUUGCCGUUGGCUCCGUCGUUGGGUUCCUUCUCAUUGCGGCCGCAGCGGGUUUCGGUAUCUACAAGUGCCGCCGCUCUCGUGCCGACGAUAAGAAUGCCAAGAAGCGCGAGAUGGACCAGGUUGAAAAGGGAUCUGUAUCGAGCAGAUCCACCCAUAAGUAG